UUGUGCAGAGCCAAAAUGGCCGCACGGCAGCUCAGUUGCAGUUUGUGUGGCACGCUUAACCCCGCCCGCUCUCUCCGGGUGGGCGGGGCUACUGUACGGCUGGAGUCACAUGAUCCGCGCGGAGCCAGGCUGACCAAUUCCAAUAUGGUGGCCAGCUUGGCAGGUCUACGGUUCCUGUUGAUGAUAUUGUUGUUCUGCGGGAUCGGGUACGGCUCCUGCAGCCAGGACGCUCCGCGGAUCCUGGGCCUGCGACUGGAAGACCCGGCGGGUCCGGUGUACAUGAAGGAUCGGAUCAUCUCGGCGCCAGAAGGAGCCACGAUCAAACUCCGUCUCUUCGGGGCUGACCUGAAUGGAAGCUGGCCGUGGGUGGCGUUCGCGGGGGCUGCCGGCGGAGCGGCGGGGGCGGUCGGCGAUGCGCCGGACCCGUGCGGUCAGGAGUCCCGCCGCCAGGAGUCCGCCUUCCAGGUGACGGGGGAGUUCGUCCCAGACGAAGAGUACAGUGGGCUGGUAACGGUGCAGGUCCAGAAGAAGAGCACCUCCGCGGGGGCAGCUGGUGGCCGGCAGAUGUACCACCACCUGUGCGUGCUGAGCGGAGAGAAGUGGGCAUCCGUUGGCCCCGACCGCCUGCGGUUGAACACUGACAGGGGUCUGUCCGCAGACUACAUCCCGCCGUGGGCUCUGGUCGUGCUGAUUGUGCUGCUGCUGGUGCUCUGCGGGGUGCUGAGGACCGUGAACCUCAGCCUGCUGUGGCUGGACCCCGUGGAGCUGUAUAUCCUCCACAGUUGCGGCUCCGAGGAGGAGAAACGGGCCGCCAAGCGCCUGGAGCCAAUCAGGAGGAGGGGGAACUUCCUGACGUGCUCCCUGCUGUUCCUGUGUGCCGUUGGACACUCGGCGCUGGGUGUGCUCCUGUACCGGGCGCUGGGCUCCAUCCUGUCCGCAGUCUUCGCAAGCGGCUUCCUGGUCUUCUUCCUGGCCGAGCUGGGCCCCCACAUCGUUUGCUCCGGUUAUGGCUUCCAGCUUGCGCCGGGUCUGACCUGGCUGGCCCAGGUUAGUAUGGUGCUCACCUGCCCCCUGUCCUGCCCCUUGGGGCUGAUCCUGGACCUGGCGCUGAGGAGGGACAUCAGCACCUGUGGGAUAAGGGAGAGGGCCAUGGAGAUGGUCCGCACAAGCGUCAAUGACCCUUACAGUGAGUUUGUGAAGGAGGAGUUCAGCCGUGGGACGCUGCGCAUUAAGACGGUGGAGGACAUCCUGACUCCUCUGAAGGACUGCUUCAUGCUGCCCAGCUCAGUUGUCCUGGACUUCUCUACCAUGUCUGAGAUCAUGCAGAGCGGAUACACGAGGGUGCCCAUUUACGAGGAGGAGAGGUCCAACAUUGUGGAAAUCCUAUAUGUGAAAGAUCUGGCCCUGGUGGAUCCAGAUGACUGCACCCCCAUGACGACCAUCACCAAGUUUUACAAUCAUCCGCUGCAUUACGUUUUCAAUGACACCAAACUAGAUGCCAUGCUGGAGGAGUUCAAGAAAGGUAACUCUCACAUGGCCAUCGUCCAGAAAGUGAACAACGAGGGGGAGGGAGAUCCUUUCUACGAGGUGCUGGGAUUGGUCACCUUGGAGGACGUCAUCGAGGAGAUCAUCAAGUCAGAGAUCCUGGAUGAAUCUGAUGGCUAUUUGGACAGGAAAGUGAAACGCCCCCUCCCUCAGCUGGAGAUUCCUCUGGAGCCUCGCAGCGCGCACGAGGAGUUUUCUCUCUUCAAGCCUCCCGAAGGAGAACCCAAGAUUCGCACCUCUCCCCAGCUGCUGCUGGCUACCCACCGAUUCCUGUCUAGAGAGGUGGAGCACUUCAGCCCUGGACGCAUGUCGGAGAAGGUCCUGUUCCACCUGCUCCGUCACCCCAGCGUCAACCAGGAGGUGCACUUUGACCCGAGCAACCGGCUGAGCCCGGGUCACUAUCUAUACACCCGCAACCACCCGGUGGACUAUUUCAUCCUGCUGCUGCAGGGCCGCGUGGAGGUGGAGAUCGGAAAAGAGGGGCUGAAGUUUGAAAAUGGGGCAUUUACUUACUAUGGUGUUUCUGCUCUAACGCUACCAUCUUCAGUGCACCAGUCUCCAGUGUCAACACAGCAUCACACUCCCAGGGAUCCCUUUGAGUCAGCAGAUGCCACCAGCCCGUCCAGCUAUUGUCCUGACUACACCGUCCGAGCUCUCACCGACCUGCAGCUGAUACGGGUGACACGUCUCCAGUAUUUGAACGCUCUCAUGGCAUCACGCGUCGGCCAGAGUCCAGAUCCUCCAGAGAUUAAGAUCCUACCCAACAGUCAGACUAAGCUGCUCAACGACAGAAACACCACACAAGAGUUUCCUGUAAACUUUUCAUUCUUUGACACCAUUGAGAACUACUGUUAGUAGUUUGUUUGUUUUUUGCAUGAGGUAAAUGAAAUGCAGACUGUCAGUAGCAUGGCAGCAGACAGACUGUGCAUACAACACACUCACACACACACACACACACAGAGACACAAAAUGACGUCCCACUCUUCUUGAAAGAAGAGGACCAUUUUUUAGAGCCCGUCCGAUAUGUCGAUUGGCUGAAAAUAUAGGCUGAUAUGAGCCUUUCACAGACAUAUUGCAUCUAUGUUUACCAAUACGCACUGCUAUGAAAACCUUUUCUUAUGUUUACAUUUUACGUAAACAAAUUUAGGUCAAUUUUCUUAUUUCGAGUUCUGUUGCUUGGCUUUCUUUGUGUUUUCUUAUUAUUUAUGGUUAUUUGGUUAAGUUUGAGGUUAAACUCUAAAAUGACAAAACCUCAUUUUUUUCUUUGUCAUCAUAAUGGAUGACGACAUCUUUAGAAUCCAUUUAAAAAAAAAUAUAUAUGACAUGUUUUACACCCUAAUAUCUGUAUUGGUCCCCCGAAAAAAUCCAUAUCUUUUGGCUUUACAAUUUUUUACCCUUUUUCCCUUUACCGUCUGAAAUCAUUAGUUCCAGUGAGAUUUUUUCAUUGUGUACUUUUUAUGAGACAAAGUUCUUGUCUGGAUUUAGUAUCAGGAAGUUGCUGCGUGUGUGUUUGUCUGUGAGGCUCUUUUACCUCUGUUUCUUCAUCUCGUGUCAGUCCUCCUCUCCUCCUGAAAUCAUCUCCCCCUUCUCUGUUGGGUAUGUAAAACUCUCACAGUGUUCUUCCAUUAACCGCAUGUCGGAUCUGAUUCACUUGCCCCCUGACCUGAAGGGAUUUAAUAUGUCCUCUGACGUAUGUAUUGCACGUCCACUCAGACCACUUAUGACCACUUUCAUUUGGAGCUCUAGUUAGUAAUUGGCACAGCAAUGUCCUGAGCAGAAAUCAAACACUGGCGCACAGGACCUCCCACAUGGCUGUCUGAGGUGACAAGAAGGCACAAAAGAGUCGAAAAACAGCCUGUGGUGAAAGCACAUUCAGCCUUCACAUGUGAUGAAGUAAAUCAAUUAUGAUUCAAAGACAAAGACAAACCAGCAUCUGCUGCAGCAGUUGCAACAUUUGUAUAUUCAUAAAACUUUGCUGUUUGAAAAUAUCUACAGCUUGCAGCUAUUCAAAAUGGUAAAUGGACUGUAUUUUUUUUUUUGCACUUUUCUAAUCUUAUCGAGCCUUUACAGUAAGUUACAUUCACACACACACAUGCACACAUUCAUUCAAACAGCACUUUUUCUAUUACACAUCAUUCAUACACUGCCCUUAGGGACAAUGUAGGGUUUAGUGUCUUGCCCAAGGACAAUUACACAUGUGGACUGGAGGACCAAGGAAUUGAACCAUCAACUGUCUGGUUAAUGGAUGACCCUCUCUACCUCCUGAACCACAGCUGCCCCAGCUAUAGAUUGGAAAUACAUAUUAAUAUGAGGAUUCAUUUUAAAUGCAUAGCCCAAACCGUAACAUACAUUAAUUUUUUUAAGGUGUGGUGUUUUCUUUAAUGGGGAUCUUUUUUUCCAAGUGUGCGGAUACCCUGUUCCACUUAAGUUCAUAUUCCACAAAAACAUCACUUUCAUCUUUUAUGAAGGGAGCCACAGAACAUCAUUAAUUAUGUAAAUUAUUAGAAACGUUAUGAGAUAUUGAAUGCAUUUUUCUUUUGUUUGAGCUCUCUAUGCAAUAACUCUAUGUAACAACUUUUUCUUUUUCUUAAACUCUGGCCUUUCUUCCUCUCUUUUGUGCCACUUUUCUCGAACGCAGCCAGUGUUGCUCCUGUUUUUUUAAAUAUCCUCCAUCACCUGUGUGUGUGUGUGCGUGUGUGUGUGUUUGUUUGCUUGCUUGCUUGCCAUCAUCCCUCACUCACCCCAAGCUCUCUUGUCAUUGGUUGGGUUCCACAGGUGGCAGUAGAGCCCAGGAGAGCUCCACAGAAGAAGAGGCUAAUGGGUAGUGCAGUUCUGUCUGCCCGCUGUAAAAAGAA